AUGUUUUCACUCCAGUUCGCUUCCCAAUCGGAUAUUGGCAAGGCGAAGGUUGAACCAGAGAACAAGAAGACGGCGUUUAAAAGCGCCACCUUCCACCUCAUUUUGCCGUUCAUGGCGUACUUCAAGGGCAUCUGCCUGACGACGAUCGACUGCAGGGAGCACAGCCUGCUGAAGAUGGUUGGGUACUUGUGGGGUGAAUGGGACCCGGAACGACCCAUCACCCAGACCGAGCUCUCGAGUAAGUUCCGAUUUCGGUCCUGCGCUUUUUGGCCAAGCUCCACCUGGGAGCACAGCCUGCUGAAGAUGGUUGGGUACUUGUGGGGUGAAUGGGACCAGGAACGACCCAUCACCCAGACCGAGCUCUCGAGCGACGAGCGGUGUUCCCUACGUAUUACGUGGUCCUCUUAGUAGCAGGUUCUAUGCAGCGAGU